CGACUUAGAAAGUUUUCCGUCUUCUCUGAAGAGGGAAAAAUCUUUAAGACCUCCAGGAUAUUUAGAUGAUGUUACAUCACCUGGCGGUGGUGCCUCUGCACAGGAGGAAGAGGGCAUGCACGAAGAGAGUCGUCCAGACUCGCUUAAACGGGGAGAAUCAUUUGGAACCCUCAGAAAGUUCUAUGAAGAGGAAGAUGUGCCUAGCCUAUCUCGAAAAGGCAUGACCGCAGGGGAGACAGAUGACGCAGGUCUAGAGGGCUUUUCGAUUUCGCGAAAACAUAGUCAGUCAUUCGGGCCUUCUGAACAAUUCGGGGAGGAGGAUGAUAUGACAAGUUUACCUCAAAAAGCCAUGGCCACGACGAUGAAAGAGGAAACAAGUGAAGAGGGCCUUAGGACCUCACGAAAACGGAGUAAGUCGUUUGGGUCUCUUGAAAAAUUAG